AUGGCGACUCCUGGUCGGCCUCAAUUUUUCUGUACCCGCCCUGAUGGGACCUUGACCCCACUGGUAGCUGUCGAUGAGCUACCCACUAACGUCACCAUCCGUGGUGUCUCUCGCACCCUCAAUGCUGGAGAGACCCAGGGUAUGACUAGCUGUGGUCUGGCUGCCCAACGUCCUGAACCUUGGUCUGUCGACGGGGUUACCGAGUCCUCUGAGCAUGAGGGUGAUAAGAAGGAAGCUGUUCCGGAUAUGCACAGCCUGCUGGUGCAGAUCCUCACGAACAAAAAUGUUCCUGAUCACAUGCGGGCAUCCGCGAAGGCCAUCCUCUUCCAGGGAGUCGAGGGCUCUAACGGGCUUGCCGGUCAAGGCACUCCUACCAAUGGACUGUCUCCAACAGCGCCAAGCUUUUAUGCCAAGGGUCACCAGGGCAAUAAGCAUGCCCCGAGUUCGAAGAAAGAGUACUGUUCGUACUGGAUUCGUCAUGGCGAAUGCGACUAUUCUCAGCAAGGUUGCCUCUACAAGCAUGAAAUGCCCGAUGAGAAGCACUUGAUCGAGAAACUUGGUCUCCGCGAUAUUCCUCGCUGGUUCCGCGAGAAGUACGGCGUCAAGAGUCUCUUGCACCCGGACCGAAACCGUCCGCAGCUUGCCAUUGCGGAUCAGCCGCCCAUGCGGGCCCUGCCAUCCCCAGCUUCGCCUAUCAACGAGAGCUGCGCCAGCAAAACGCCCACUAUCCAUGCCAACUCGAAGCUGGACAAGUCCCCUCCCCCAAUUCGACAAGACCCCUCCUCGCGGACCGGCGAACCCUACAAUCAGCAUCGAGGUGGACGCAACGGGGCCCCGAAUGGACAUCAUGGCAAUAACUGGAAGGGUACCCACCGCGGUGGUCGUAACCGAAACAUGGGUGCUGUUCGUCAUGGCAUUAGCAGCGAGCGUGACAGCGAGCGGAGCGGCGAGUGGUCCCCUGGCAUGGAAUCCGCCCCAGCCACCUACGAAUAUGGAUCUCAUGGAUUUGGCGGCAACCAAGUCUGCACCCCGACUACCCCGGCCACUGUUCCGGCCUCGGUUCCAAUCACCGUCUCGGCUACCGGUCAUGUUUCCGCUCCCAUGGCUGCGCAUCGAUCUCUUCUGGAUGACGGUAACUCCCACCACCGAAAUUCGUACUGGAAGCUCAAUGAGCUGACCGAGUGUAAUGAAGAUAUGUUUGAAGACGCCUCGAACAAGCCGGUUGAAGCCCAUCACCGUGUCCAGCCACGCCACGUGUAUCAACACAGUUCGAACCCUUCUUCUGAUGGCGGUGUCAUGCUCCCAAAGGAACCCGCUGUAACCUACGAUUCGAACUUCGGUGCAUUCACUCGUGUUGAUAUGCCUUCUCGCAAGGAGUCAGAGUCCAGCGGCUCCCAUGCUACAGUCCAGAUGAAUUAUGGACCUUCCACUCCCCGGAUCGGAGAUCUUCAGAUCACCGACAACGUGCCCCUGAACUCGGCCGACACCCGUGUCACUUGGGGUCCCAUUGGAGGUCCUAUUCUCAAGCGCACAUCGCCACCUGCUGAGAACAUUGCGCACAUGUUUGGACCGUACUCAAACAAUCAACACGGUAACUAA